AUGUCUCAACCAACUCAACGUCAAGCCUGGCGCCGAACAGACGAUCAUACAAAGGGCACCCCCAAAGUGAAACUCGUCACAGAAGACCUUCCUCUCCCUCUUCAUCCAACAUUCGUUCUCAUCAAAGUGCACACAGUUGCUCUCAACUAUCGCGAUGCCAACAUAGCCAAUGGCGGCAAUCCCUGGCCUGUUACUCCCAAUGGUAUUCCUGGUAAUGAUGCUGCCGGUGAGAUCGUUUCAGUCGGGAAUAGAGUCUCACUCGUCAAAGUUGGCGAUCGUGUUGCUCCGAUCACGGACUCAGAAUUUGUGAAUGCUCGCUCGACGGGAAGGUCUUGGCUCGCGGCCAAUGAGGAUGGCAUCUUGGCCACUUACAUUGUCUUUGAUGAGAAGUUGGUGACGAAAUUACCUGAGCAUCUUGAUUGGAUUCAGGCUUCGAUCAUCCCUUGCACUGGCGGCGUUUCCACUUUUGCUCUCAAGCUGGCUCGCGCUUCUGGUCUUCGGGUCAUCCUUACUUCCUCAAGUGAUGAAAAGUUGGAACAGAUCAAGAAGCAAUUCGGAAAGCCAGAAAUCCAAACCGUCAACUACAAGACCCACCCAGAAUGGCACAAGGAAGUUCUCCGUCUGACAAAUGGUGUCGGUGUUGAUCUCAUCGUUGAGAACGGCGGCAGCAGUUCUCUCGUUCAGUCCAUGGAGUGCACUCGACGUGGAGGCAUUGUCAGCCAAGUUGGUUAUCUGGGCGGCCCUAAACCUGAGCAUUUAAAGGAGUUUGUUUCCACUAUCAUCGAUCGGCGACUGAACGUUCGUGGUAUCAACGCGGGAUCUAAGGAUGAUCAGGAUGAACUUAUGGCUGCCAUCUCUGCAACACAGAUGACUUUCGAGGAUAUCCUUGACUCAACUUGGUCUUUCGAUAAGGCAGAUGAGGCAAUCGAGUAUGUUUGGCAAGGCAAGCAGAUUGGAAAGGUAAUCGUCAAACUGGACGACUAG